AUGGGUGGCCGGUAUGCUGCUGUGAAUAAUAUGGGUGGCCGGUAUGCUGUCAUGAAUAAUAGGGGUGGCAGGUAUGCUGCCGUGAAUAAUAUGAGUGACAGGUAUGCUGCCAUGAACAAUAUAGGUGGCAGGUAUGCUGCCAUGAACAAUAUAGGUAGCAGGUAUGCUUCCAUUAGUAAUAUGGGUGGCAGGUAUGCUGCCAUGAAUAAUAUGGGUGGCAGGUAUGCUGCCGUAAAUGCUGUAGUUGAUUCACAUUUUAAUGGUUUAAAAGUUACGGUCCGGGUAGUUCACCGCCAUGGCUGUGCCACGCUGGGGUCGAUAUAUUUUGUCUACCAUGUUGUGCUCUGUGUGGUGUGGCUCCCGGACACAGGUGUCGUGGGGCGCGUGUGGACUGCCGGCCUCAGCACCCAGAUCCUCCGCCACCAUCACCUCUCACCAUUUGCUGCACGUCUGUCCAACCCAGUGUCAACAAACUCAUCAGAUGGAAGUGACUCACAGGGAAACAUUCUCUUCCCGACCGUCAACUGGAGAUUCUUGCACGAAUGGGUGGAAGUUCCUAGGCGUGAGACGGUGGUGCUGGUGGUAGGGCCUGCUAAGUGGGUGACGGAGGUGACCCUACAGCUGACGUCCCGAGGAGUGUUUGGAUGGCGGGAUACUCUGGUGCUGGCGCCCGUCGGCGGAGAGUUGAAGACAUCGAGCCUCACCCCUCACCUUCCUCUGGGCCUCCGCCUCCUCCUACUCCAGGAGACCCCGGAGGCGCAGGUGACGUCAGCACGGUGCGCAGGACUGGUGAAGGCUGCGCAGGUGGUGGAACGCAGAGGCCAAGUGGUGCGCAGUGUUGGGUGCUGGCGGGGGGGUCGCCUGCACCUCACCUCACCCAUCCUCCUGCCCCCCAUCACCUCACUCAGGGGCGCCAACCUCACUAUAGCCAUCCCCACGGGAAACAACGAGAUCUCCUUCGAGGACGAGGGAGGGAGGCAGGUGCUGAAGGGGUACCUGGGCCAGAUGGUGACGGACUUCAUGAAGAAGGUGGACUUCGUGCCCAAGUUCACCAGCAGGUUCAAGACCAUCCACGAGUUAAUAAACUCCCUUUCUCACAGGGAGGCGGACAUGGCCCUGAUGACACUGUCAAUGCUGCCGUCGAGGGCGGAGGUGUUUGACUUCUCGGAGUGGUAUUGGAUCCACAACACCAGAUUCAUCACUAAGGGAGCCUCGCUCCAGGACGACUCCUUCAUACUAUUCCAAGUCUACCAGCUCAAGACUUGGUGUGUGAUCGCCGGGGUCCUGGUGUUGGCGGGGGCGGCGCUGGCCGCCACCUGGAGCAGUCAGCCACUCCACCCUGACGGUGCUGACGGCGCUGACGGCGCUGACGGCGCUGACGAAGGGAGGAGGAGGAGGAGGAGGGUCCCCGCCAGCACCGUCUCUACGGCUUUCUCCACUUGCUUUAAAACUAUUUUGUUUAUAGGCAAGUUUGUCCAUAAGUUUUGUUGUCGUGCACUCAAAUGUUUAAGUUGCACAAGUGGCACUUCACAGGAAUAUGAGUUCACUUAA